UGACUUUAAUAUCUUUCUCACCUUCUGUUUUUAUUUUAACCCUAAAAACCAAAAACCCUAAACAUUCCUCCGCCACCCAGCAGAUCAAUUCGUUGACGGCUCCCCGCUCUUCAUUUUCUUUACUCUCAGAAGCUCCGAUCCCAUCUUCAACUCCAAAAAUGUCGGGAGAAGAAGUUGCCGUUGCCCAACCAGAGGCACCCGCUACUCUUGGUGAGCCAAUAGACAUCAACACAGCCUUGCCUCUUGUGGUGAGGAAGUCCCAAGCUCAUGGUGGGCUUGCUCGUGGCUUACAUGAAGCUGCCAAGGCAAUUGAAAAGCACAAUGCACAUCUUUGUGUUUUAGCCGAUGACUGUGACCAACCUGAUUAUGUUAAGCUGGUCAAGGCACUCUGCGCUGACCAUAAUGUUAAGGUGCUACGUGCACCUAGUGCAAAAGCUCUUGGCGAGUGGGCUGGUUUGUGUAAGAUAGAUUCUGAAGGGAAAGCACGGAAAGUAGUUGGUUGCUCUUGCGUAGUUGUGAAGGAUUACGGUGAACAACACGAGGGUGUCGAAGUUGUUCAGCAGCACAAGGAUUAAGUAAAAGAGGAUGGUUUCUUUGGUAGAAUCAGAGUUUAAUUUUUGUCAUUCAUGAUAUUUGCUUGAGUAAUUUUGUUUUUUUCAAAGGCUGAACUGCUUGGUGUUUCUUAUGCAUGCUACCUUUCUCAUUUUAAAUUACUGGCAAACCAUUUGGAAAUCCAACAAUUUUUAUCUCA